AUGAAGAACAUGGGGAGGGCAUCAUCCUCGACCAAAGACAGGCGAAUCUCGCUUGAGGCUCAUUCAGACAAUUACAUCAUCGUCGACAAUCGCCCCAUGCCUGUAUUCUUCAGUAAUCUCGAGGUCCCUGCUGUUAUCCGUGCCACUGUCACUUUUGAGAACGACCAGGACUGUCAGGGCCAAGAUGUGGAGAUCAAGUACAACGCUGCCGUUGUCUAUGAAGUGACAACGAUGACAUCUUUCCAAGCCAAGAGCAAACUUCAACACAACCUCCAACGGAAGCGCUGGACCAUGAGCGACCUCGUCCGCCCAACCCCUGGCACCAUCGCCGCAGGAAGAUACACAAAGACCGUCACCGCAACCAUCGACCCCCUCUGGCCCUCCUCCGGCGUCACAUCAGCCAGCGUCAAAGGGAUGGGAUGGGUCCGUUACACCUUCGAGGCCUCAUUCGUCAAGAUGUUCAUGGGCGUCUUGUCUCCUAUCCUGGUCACCCUGCCAUACGAAGUCUGGGUCGUCAAUUCCAUUCUACCCUCAGAAGCCGGUGUUCCCUCAAGCGUUCCCAAACCCCUGACUGCCUAUGUACCGGGCAAGAAACCCGACCUCCCUGUCUCACUCACCAUCCCCAACCAGACUUUGCAGUUUCAUGAGCAGGUGCCCCUCACAGUCCGUGUGGAACCCUUCCGGAAGGGCAGUAAGAGGUUUGGACAGAACAUUGUGGUUCUCUCGGCUGGGUUCUCGGUGAAGGAGAAGGUUCAAGGGUGGAGCAGGGUUUCUGCCGGGGUCGACGUUAACCAUUCUACAGAUGUGACCCAGAUUGCGAUCCGUGAUGGGUGGCCUCAGAACACUGUUGGAGGAUGGACACGGACGGUCAGUAUUACCUUGCCGACCGCGCCCGAGAUCAAUGCCUCGAUGACUACCAAGGUCAUGGAUAUUUCGCACUUGGUUUUGUUUACUAUGAAGUACAAGGCUGAGAACGAUAGUGAUAUGAAAGCCCAAGAGAUCACCGUUGAAGUUCCUCGCCGCAAUAUUCAGGCACAGGACGACUUCUUGCCCACCUACAGCGCCACAGACGCUCAAGCCUACCAACAGAAACACAUUGGUGAUGAGAAGUACCAGCCUCACUACUCCCGUGAAGACAAGUUGUCGUUGGCAACGGUCAAGAAGGAGCCCAAGGUCAAGGAUCUACAAAUCCAUAUUGUAACCGGCACCUGCUCAACAAUAACUACAGUCGGCAAGGAGCCAUUACCGCUUCUUCACGUAUCACACGACAACCCUGGAAUCAUUGACGCCACGGCCACAUUUGAGCUUGACGAAGUCUGGACAGCAGACGAGGUGACUCUCACCUUCAGAGCCAUUUGUAAUUCGAGGACUUAUGGCACUGGUACUAAGUAA